UAAAAUAGUUAUUUUAUUCAUUAUUAUAAGUUAGUUGAAAAUACUCAGUCAAUAUGAGCACAUCAAAAAAUAAUACUGUUUUCAGUAAAAAUGAAUCUGUACGUACAUUUCAAGAAUAUCUACGAAUUCCAUCGGUACAACCAAAUAUCGAUUACAGUGAAUGUAUCAAUUUUUUACGAAGACAAGCUGAUUUAUUAAAAUUACCGCUUAAAAUAUAUGAACCUGUACCAAAGAAACCAAUUGUUAUUAUCUCAUGGUAUGGAAGUGAACGAGCUCUCCCUGGUAUUAUUUUGAAUAGUCAUAUGGAUGUAGUUCCAGUUUUUGAGGACAAAUGGACUUAUCCACCAUUCAGUGCUCAUAUCGAUGAAAAAGGGAAUAUAUUUGCUAGAGGAUCUCAAGAUAUGAAAUGUGUGGGAAUUCAGUAUUUAGAGGCCAUUAAACGCUUACGAAAAGCUGGAGUUUCCUUACGUCGAACAAUUCAUAUUUCAUUUGUACCAGAUGAAGAAAUUGGAGGUCAUGAUGGUAUGGAAACUUUUGUGAAAACUGCCGACUUUCGAGCGCUAAAUGUAGGUUUCGCAUUAGAUGAAGGCAUGGCGAAUCCAACCAAUGAUUAUGCUUUAUUUAAUGGUGAACGUUUUAUUUGGCAGAUUUUAGUCAGAUGUCCAGGUACACCUGGCCAUGGUUCGUUGUUGCUGCCAAAUACAGCUGGUGAAAAACUACACUAUAUCAUCGAUAAAUUUAUGACAUUUCGUGCUAAGCAAAAAGCUCGUUUGGAAAGUGAUCCAAAAUUGUCAAUCGGCGAUGUGACAUCUAUAAAUCUUACAAGACUUUUCGGAGGAGUUCAAAAUAAUGUUGUGCCACCAGAGUUAAGUGUUGUGUUCGAUAUACGUUUGGCGGUGACCAUGGACGAUGUUGCGUUUGAAAAACAAAUUUUACAGUGGUGUAAGGAAGCUGGCGAAGGAGUUACCAUUGAAUUUUUGCAAAGAAAUAAUCGCGCUCCUGUAACACCUUUAGACAAUACAAAUCCAUGGUGGAUUGCCUUUAAAUCUGUUACGGAUGAAUUGAAAAUGAAUUUAAAACCGCUAAUAUUCCCAGGUGGAACAGAUAGUCGAUAUAUAAGAGAGGUGGGAUUACCUGCAAUAGGAUUUUCUCCGAUGAACAACACUCCUGUGCUAUUACACGAUCAUGACGAGUUUUUAAAUUCGGAUGUAUUUCUACGUGGAAUUGACUUUUAUGAAAAAUUAAUUCCUGUUAUAGCGAAUAUUGAAGAACGUUCAGGUUAAAAAAAAUAAUAAUAACCCAAGACAAAAAUUGUUACAUUUGAAAAUUGAAAAUUUAUUUAAAAAAAUUUAUUAUAGGUUAAUAAAAAAAAAAGUUCAUCCCCUUUGUUUAAAAUAUACCUACCUAUGUAUUUGUUUAUAGACAAAUGAAUUCCAGUUACAAAAAAAAAAAUAUUUUGUUAUUGACUGUAUAAAUUUAAUCAUCCUACCUCACCUUAUGCAAUAUAAUGGACCUUCCCCAAAUGUAUAAUGAACUUAAAAUAUAUUUUACGUAGAAAUUA